AUGCUUGUUAAAUUCGUGAUUUGCCUCUCUGAUUUCGAAGGUCGCCGCCUCAAUGACUCAUUAUUUGAUAGUUUGUCAGGAACCAGCAACAAGGCUUUUUUGAAAUCAAGACUACUCGAGAAUUUGAACAAUUUUUUUCCAUCGGUCGAACCGGCAGAACAACUCGAAAUGCUUAAUAAGCCCUCGCAACAAGCAACUCCCGAUACUGACCCUUUGGUCACAGAAUUACCGUCAUUUCCAACUCUUCUUCCAAGAGAACCCGAUUCGGACCCGAAUGUCGAAUUGGAAAUGGCGACAGCGCCUUCAACCAAAAUACGAUCUGAAGGGAGAAUUCCGACAGAUAGACUUGACACCGUUCGGAGCUGGAGAAAAAGACUUUAUAAGGCAUUCAAGAAUCGAUCAAGAGCCAGUCAGAGAAUUAUAAAAUCACCGGAAGUAGAAGAUCUCACCGAUACAAGCCCAAUAAUAGUGGACAAGAACCGACAAUUUCUAAUGGCAAGACCAAACUGGCAAAGUGCAAGAGAGAAUGUCCACACAUAUGGAAGGGAUCCCAAUGGAAAGCUGAUACCUUUAUACGAAUUAGAAGUGCCGAAAUCUUCAUCAUCAGGAAUUCCAGGGCAAUCGAUCAUCGAACCGUAUCCACCAAAGGAAAUCCGUUAUGCCUAUCGGACUCCUCAAGGCCAACAUGUUGUCUACGUGCCAUCUGCUCCUACACGAAGCCAGGAGACAAUUCCAGUACCGGUUGCCUCUUAUCUUGUCACAACAAAGCCUCAACAACCAAUCCAAUUGCAAAUUGUGCCCGAACAAAAACCGCUACAGGCACCUCCAUUAUCAUAUUUCGCAACAUCCACUCAAAUGCCAUACUCAACAUUUGCUCCAAUUGAAAUCAACGAUGCUCCACAGAAACAGAACAAUUGUGGAUCUUGCGGUGGCGAUGUUAACGAGAUUCCGAUAGGCAAUGACGAGAAGUGCAACAGUCUUCGGCUUCGAACAAUCAUAAUGAACAAUAUAGUCAUCAACGACGCAGAAGCGUCGAAACGAGCUGUACAGAGUUCGGCUGAAGCUGAGACUGGACAAUAUUUCGAUGCAAUAUGCGGAACAGGCUUCUUCAGCUACAUCGCACACACUGAUGAAUUUUGCCUAGCUUCUUCAGGCGGUGUCAACUGUUACGUAUUUUCUCCAAUUUGCUCACAAGAUUCAAUGAUGAAAACGAGAAGAAGAGUGUUUCUCAACAAAAAUUGA